AUACACCCGGAGAUAAACCCGGACAUACACCCGGGCAGAGCGCGGCCUGGUCUGUUUCAUCAUUCACGGGUGGGUCACAGUAGAACAGGUUGGCCCGGUUUGGCCCGGUGCAUUUCGGGGCGGGUCUGAGCGCGAGUCACGGGACCGUGAAUCACCGCGAAGUCAAACAGUUUCACUUUAGAGAAGGACCCGGAGAGUAAAAUGACACCGGGUCAAAGGGAGAACUGCACAAAGAGAAGUGGACCCAAGGCCUCAGUCCUGCCCCACGUCCAGUACCACCCGAGUAUCCACCCGAGUAUCCACCCGAGUAUCCACCCGAGUAUCCAUCCGCCCUCCAACCACAAAUCCUCGAGUAGAAGACCUGAGAGUGGAGCUCAGAAAGAACCAAAAUGUGAUCCAAAAACUCAACAUCCACAAAAUUCAGAAAAGAAAAUGAUACCCCAAGUUCAGUACCACCCAAGUAUCAAGAUUUCUGUCGGAUCUACGAGGCCACAGGAAAUGGACCCAUCGAAACGCACGGACGAGGCGAAAGAUCGGGACUGUAGCGCUGCACGAUCCUCUCCAAAAGGUGGCGCUGUGGAGGAGCAAGGAAGUUCAGGUGGUGCAACUCAAAAUGGCCGACAGAAGCAAGCAAGAACAAGGUCCAAAAAGAAAAACGAGGAAAGUCCUCUGCAGAAUUCUGAUGGAACUCCUAAAGGAACAUCAAAAAAUGGCGCCGUGGCAGAGGGGGGCGGAGCCUGCGAGAUAAAAGACCAGCCUCUAAACGGAGCGGAAGGGGACGGCGCUAACGUGGUUCCACAAAAUCGACCUCGAAAAGAGACGAGGAGAAACGUGAAAGAGCAGACGCACGUGACCUUCCCUUUGUCUGAUCCAGGUUGCGAGACAGAGCCAAAAGAGCAAACGCCAACAUCAGCGCGUUCUGAGGGAGGAGACGCAAACGCUGCCACGGCGGACUCGCCACGGAAAGGAGCACGGAAAAAAUCCCAAAAUUCCCGAAACCAAAAUUCUGGAAAUAACCAAGAAUUCCCAAGUCCCGACCUCGCCGCAGAGCCGGUCCAAUCCACAGCCCCGUCUUCAGACCCGGUGGAGCCCAGACCCGGGUCAUCGUUGGACCCGGAUUUCGUGGCGGAGGUGGAAGUCCGAACCCGAGGCCAGAGGAACAACCCGGAAUGGUUCAAAUUCAGGAAGAACCGGAUCACGGCGUCUGUGGCUCAUUCCAUCGCUCACUGUAAAUUUGUGAACGGGAAGAGUACAACUCCCCCCGAGUCCUACAUCAAGACUGUUCUAGGUGAGAGUCGCCGCGUUCAGACCAGAGCCAUGUCGUGGGGCGUCGAUCACGAGAGCGACGCCGUCCUCAAAUAUCAGGAGAAGCAGAGCGCCGCGUUGGGCCGCCGCCUCCGCGUGCAGGACUGCGGGCUCUUCAUCGACGCCGCUCGGCCCUGGUUGGCUGGGAGUCCGGACGGGAUCGUGAUGGACGCAGAGACCGGCCAAUGGCUGCGCUGCCUGGAGGUCAAGUGUCCCUUUAAACACCGAGCGAGCUCAGUAGAAGCGGCGGCGAGGAGCGACCGCACCUUCUGUCUGGAGCUCAGCCACCAGGAGGGGGCGCCACAGCUCUCCCUGAAGAGGACUCACACGUACUUCACGCAGGUGCAGUGCCAGUUGGCGGUGACCGGGUUAAAAAUGGCCGACUUUGUGGUCUUCACGGAGAAAGACCUGGCCGUGGUCCCAGUCCAGUUCGACCCGGACUAUUGGGACCAGACCGUGUCCAAACUGGAGCAGUUCUACACAAAGGCUGUGGUCCCAGCGCUGAGAGAGAGGAACCCAGCCUGGGACCGAGAGAUGUGAUCCAGGACUAGACCAGGACUGAACCAGGUCUAAACCAGGUCUAAACCGGGACUAACCCAGGACUAUAAAAGGGACUGAACCAGGACUAACCCAGGACUAUAAGAGGGACUGAACCAGGUCUAAACCAGGUCUAAACCAGGUCUAAACCAGGUCUAAACCAGACUAACCCAGGACUAAAAAAGGGACUAAACCAGGGUCUGGACCAGGACUGAACCAGGUCUAAACCGGGUCUAAACCGGGACUAAGCCGGGACUAAACCAGGACUAACCCAGGACUAAAAAAGGGACUAAACCAGGGUCUGGACCAGGACUGAAUUAAGUUCGUUUAAAGUUUUAAAUAUUGUUUCAAAGUGGAGUGUAAUAUUGAUACUUUGCAGUGACAACACUCUGGGGUGUUCUACAUGUAUGUGUAUGGUGGUAUGUUCAGCAGUUGCCAUGGAGACACAAUGCACACGUUUGCAAACACUGUCAAAAAAGUUUUAAGAUCCAAGUCUGAAAACUCAAGAGAAAAAUCGAAAAGUGAUUUAAAGCUAGAGCUUGUGACUCAGUGUAAAACUGUCGGCUAAUGCUAAUGCUAAUGCUAAUGCUAAUGCUAGCUUGUGAGUGUGGUGUUAUUUGAGGGACUUGUGUAUCAGCUCACAUCACCUGUUGUAGUUCAGAUAAGUCAGUUCUUUAUGGUCAGAUUGUGUUAAACUAAACUCAGAUUAAAGUCUAACAGAGUCAGACAGAGCAGUGCCUCCAGUUAGCAUCACACCCCAGAGAAUGUGGAUUUAAAUUUCAAAUGUGUGUUUACAUUUCUAAAGUUUGGGGUGUUUUUGUGCUGUUACAUUAAAUACAUGAACAUUUGUACUUUUUACUUUGUUUAAAUGGAGAUUGGAUUUUUGAAUAAAGCUCAAAGUGUCA